GGACGGGGCGGACACUGGAGCAUCCUCGGGAAGAAGGCGCCGGAGGGGUUUUUGUUCUGCGGGGCUCGGCCUUCCUGCCAUGGCAACGAUCGUGGCUGAGAAGCUCAGCCACCUGUUCAUCAAUGUCCAGCACCUCUGCAAGGUCCCUCGGCUCCUGGAGAACGCCCUUUCUUCCCCGCCCUGCACCGUUGGGGUGUCGGAUGUGCCCCGCCUCUUCCGAAAGCCGUACAUCCACACUGGCUACCGCCCUCUCAACCGGACCUGGAGGUACUACUUCCUGUCUCUUUUCCAGCAACACAACGAGGCGGUCAAUGUCUGGACGCACCUGGUGGCCGCCGUGAUCCUUCUGGCGAGGUUCUGGCGGCUCUCCCAGGUGGUGGACUUCCUCGGCGACCCCCACACGCAGCCCCUCUUCGUCAUUGCCGUCUCCUCCGUCGUCUACUCGACGUGCAGCACCCUGGCGCAUCUCUUGCAAGCCAAAUCGGAGUUCUGGCACUAUGCGUUCUUCUUCUUGGAUUAUGUUGGUGUUGCCACUUACCAAUACAGCAGUGCCUUGGUACAUUACUACUACGCCAUCGAGCCAGAGUGGCACGCCCAGGUCGUGAGUUUCUACAUGCCAGGAGCGAUCUUGCUAGCUUGGCUCUCCUGCGCCGGCUCCUGCUAUGCGAAAUACAGGUGCCCGCAGCUCUCCCCUCUGCAGGGCCGGCUGUGCCAGGAGAUGCCCUCGGCGGUGGCAUACGCUUUGGACAUCAGCCCAGUGGUUUACCGCAUUUACGCCUCCCCCGGGCUCGCGGACCCAGCCGUUUUGUACCACAAGUGCCACGUGCUCUUUUUCCUGAUUGGGGCCUUUUUUUUCGCCUACCCGUACCCCGAGAAAUGGUUCCCCGGCAAGUGCCAUUUUGUCGGGCAGGGCCAUCAAAUCUUUCACGUCUUCCUGCUGCUCUGCACCCUGACCCAGGUGGAGGCGGUACUCCUGGAUUACGAGACGAGGCGGCCCGUCUACACUAGGCUGCACGGCGGCCUGGCCCCCAUUUUUUCCGCCCUGUGCCUUUUCGUGGUGGCGUCCUGCAGCUUCACGGCACUCUACAUGACGACCAAAGUGAAACGCAAACUGGAUGACAAAGACAAAUAA